ACUGUCCGUGUUUAUGUUUUAUUAUUUGUCUCCCAAAAUGCUCAGUUCUUUUUAGUUGACGUGUGAAAUACAUUAGUUAGUAAUCGGUAAACUACGAAAAAUGUGCAUAUACAUGUGUGAUUAGUGGGUUCAUUUGUUCAAAGUAUAUUAAUAAUAUUUGAUUGUGCGCGUUAUUCGUUUGCGUGAUUGACUUGUUGACGAUCGUUUUUGACCACAACGCCUAUUCAACAUUUUUAAACAACUAACUACAGUAUUUAAUAAAAGUUCUUUAACAGUUGUAACACAUGUUUAUGUAAUUUCCGUGUGGCUGUUUUGAUGUAUAAUCCAGAUCUUAUUUUAAGAUCAUUUGCUAACGUUAUUUGAAACGCGCAAGAAAAAAUAAUCGCGCUAAGUAUUAGAAGAACUAUACUUACACAAUAAUUAGUUGCUUAGUGUUUUUUACCACAACUGUGCGCGCCAAAUAACAAAUACUAUAGAGCGGGAUAUAAUGUAUUACAGUGACUAUGUUUUUGAGCCAAGUUCCAGAAGACGAAAGUACCGAGUGAUUCAGAAAGACAGACUUAAAAAGCAUUGGACUAUCUUAUUAUCGGUAUCUGCUCUAGAUGAUGUCACCGAGACUGAGACCUCUCCUCAAACCCAAAAUUCCUCGCCUCUUGCGGGACCCGGACCUGGAGGCCACAAGCCUUCAUUCAAGAGUAACAAAUUAGCGCGCAGAGCUCGUUCGUUUAAAGACGAUUUUCUAGGUAAAAUUUCACAAAUGCGAAGUCCCGGUUCAUCGGGGACCUUAACUUCAAGGGCCCAAAGUCCCAAAAAUAUGGUCCCGAAAAGGUCACCUAUUGCGGCCCAGAAAUAUUCGGAAGGAAAGGGGCCUAUUCAAGAUCUGGAAGGAUGGAAGAAGCAGACUGAGAUAGCAUUGAAGCAUUUAAGGGACGUAGUAGCAAAGAACAAAUUAGAAAUGUUGCCGGGAAAUGGCACAAUAAUUCUGGAUACGAUUUGGUCAAUAAAUUUGUCAAUAAAAUCUUCAAUAAACAUCGAUAAGAGCAGUAGUAUAACUUCAGCCACGCAUCGAGUUUAUCAAGCUGUAGCAAGACUGAUUAAGUUGUGUGAUGACGCUCUUUUGGAUGAUCAAAGCUCAGAGUUGAAGAAAGAAAACGUGAACGAAAUCGUAGCACAAACGGAAGAUGCAGUUAAGACUUUAAUCGAGUUGGCACAAGAAAAAAUCAACCAGCAGCAGACUUCGUAUAAAACUACUCCUAGAUCAUCAUUUAGUAACUGUAAUUUAGAUGGCCAGUCACAACGUAAUUCAUUACCAGACAUACCGUUAACUCCAAGAGAAAGAGAAAUAUUAGCACAAACUUCCAAUUUACCCAUCAGAGCCAGCCAUAGUACUGAAAGUAUUUUACUCGAUGCAGAAAGUCCCCCUCCAAAGCCUCCUUUGCCUGUUCAAUUUUUUGGAAUAAGAAAUCGCGAUGAUGUCGUUAACUGCGUAACUCCACCACCUUUGCCACCGAAACGAAAACAUCAUCUACAUCAUCUAGCAGAUGACUGUCACAGUGCCGAUUGUUCACCGAUCUGUAGUAGUUUAGAAAGAGUGUCGCUUAGAUCAAAAUCCCCAGAAGACUCAAUUUCAUUGCUUUCGGAAGGGACCGGCAGUAUUGAUUCGAUGUUGAAUCAUUCGUCGAAGGAAGAAGACGAAAUUAAGGUUCUCAUGGAUUCCGAUCAAGAUCUCAUCUUGGACAAUCACAACUCGGAUAUUUUUGGAAUAGGUCCUAACUCGUGGGAAGACUCGUCGAGUUCCGGGAUAUCCAACAACCAUCUUGAUCUUCAUGCUUCAGUUAAUGAUUACCAUCGUUUAUCCAAUACUGACUCGGGAAUAGUAUCUUUCCGGUCGUCUAGUUAUUCGAAACGAAGUUCCCAACAGAGUUCUGUCAGUGCUCAGUUUUGCACAUCACGCCCAUCCAAUGAAAACCUCCUGGACAGCCCAUCGACAGUCAUCAAAAGUUUCUCCCAAAAAUCGUCUAGUUCCAGUUCCACAUUAGUGGUGUCCAACAGUUCGCAUUCCAUUGUAUCAAGACAGGGGUUUGAAUUAGUCGGAAAUGAAACUCCGCCAGCGAUUCCGCAGAAAACUAAAAAAAAGACUGAACCCAGACAGCCAAGUCCCUACGAUAAUGUGCCAGACUUUGACCAUUUAAUGGGAGAAAACGUACAAGCUGAAGUCUUAGUUAGUUGUCAUCAGCACCAAUCACACCAGCAAAGAAGUAUUAUAUCAAGCAAUUCCAGUAUGAAUUCCGGUUGUGAUGAUGUGGAUAGUGUAAAGCCUCCACCGCUACCACCCAAGAAGAAGCAUAUGUUCCAGUCGGUGGCUUACAGUGGUUGGGGCAUGUACGAACGCAUGGACUUUAAAGGGAUUUCUUUGUUUGUUUUAAAAUUCUUAGUAAUGGCCUACAUGGAGAUGUUUGGAAACUGUUCACAUACAAAUGAUGCGGAGUUUAUGCGCCACUCAGUUCAUAUGGUGCAGUCUCAAUGGGGUACUCCUUCAAUAACAAGCCUAUCGUCCGCGCAGUCCUGCUCAUUUAGCCAUGCAACGAUUCAGAGCUCGAGCAGAAACGCACAGACGCAGGCACUGAGUUUGCCACAUUCCAACGCCGAAAGAGGCCCCUCUCCUUUACAUUCUCCAAAUGCCACGCUAUCGUCAUCAUCCAGUAACAGUUCGGUGAUUCCGCCCGCUUUGCCACCCAAACAAAAAACUCGAAAAACAUCGUCAAAAUCCCCGCCUCCAACCCCAACUUUAGUCACUUUUCUACCCGAACCCAAACGUACGAUGUCUCCUUCUCCGAACCAAAUGAAAAGUUUGCCGGAUUUGUUAGAACAUACAACCAACAAAAGUAUUGGCGAAAAAGAGGAAACACCAGAAAUUAGUAUAAAUGAAGCAGAUUUAAUGGAAAAGCUCAACGUAGAUAAGUAUAUCAUUAUGAAAAAAUCAGAAGAAGAUGGUCCAGAGUUGAGAGGAGGAACUAUAGAUGCGCUGAUAAUUCAAGCAAUAAAAGCCUCAAAACCUGGAGGUUUCACUUAUCAAGAAGCAUUUCUAACUACCUACCGUACGUUCAUCAGUCCAUUUGACUUGAUAACUAAAUUAAUUAGAAGAUACAACCACUUUUACUACCAGCAAGAUAAGAAGCCACGGUCGCGAGAGGCGUUUGCUCUGAUUGUCCGAGGGGUUAGCGAUCUUACGAGUUUGGACUUGGACGAGGCACUGACGACUAAGUUGAUGAAUUUUGUACAACAUUUAAUAUCAUGCGGGGAGUUGAUCUUAGCUAAAGCGCUAAGGGUGAAAUUACUAGAGCGACAUAAAGCUGUUCAAAUGGUUAUACGAUAUACCAAUAUCAUAACUAGUUUAACGCUAAGUGCUAGAAAUGCAACUUUGAUGGAUUUUAAAUCGGAACAAAUAGCCGAACAAAUGACACUACUAGAUGCCGAAUUGUUUAUGAAAAUAGAAAUACCUGAAGUUUUGAUUUGGGCUCAGGAACAGAACGAGGAAAGGAGUCCGAAUUUAACCAGAUUUACUGAACAUUUUAAUAAGAUGUCCUUCUGGGCGAGAACGCGAAUUCUGACUUCUGAAACCAAAGAAAUCCGUGAGAAGUACUUCAUGAAGUUCAUCAAGAUCAUGAAGCAUCUAAGGAAAAUUAAUAACUUUAAUUCGUAUUUAGCGCUUUUGAGUGCACUGGAUUCGGCACCUGUUCAACGUCUCGAAUGGCAAAAACAUGUACAGGAAGGGAUGAAUGAAUACUGUGCGCUAAUCGACAGUAGUUCAAGCUUCCGCGCUUACAGGAAUGCUUUGGCCGAGACUCAACCACCUUGUAUACCGUACAUAGGUUUGGUUCUACAGGAUCUCACCUUUGUACAUAUAGGAAAUCCGAACUUAUUACCAAACGGCAUGAUAAAUUUUUCAAAGAGAUGGCAGCAGUUUAAUAUUGUUGAGAACAUGAAGAAAUUCAAAAACGAAACAUACACCUUUAAAAAGAGCGAAAAAAUCAUCCAGUUUUUCCAAAACUUUGACGAUUGUAUUGGAGAGGACGCGAUGUGGAAAUUGUCGGAGAAAAUCAAACCGAGGGGCGGAAAGAAAACGCACUGAGUUGAAAAUCUCAAAAAAUCUUUGCCGAUUGGCAGAGAUUUGCUUUUGUUACCAAUUUGGGCAUUGACUGUGACGCUUGGGUCAGUUGAUUACACUUUCGAAGUUCUUUGAGUUUGGACUUGCAUGCGACUGAAAAUGACAAUUUUCCACAAAAAAAGGGCGGACAUUCGAUGUGUUUUUGUGGAUUAAGAUUACCAAGAAACUGAAAUUGUAUAGUUUUUGGCUAUAUUUUCUGUAUAAAAACAUCACAAACGUCAGUGCAGUGCCAUAUUACCAAGAAAAUCGCAUUGGGCAUCUGAAGCAAUGUAAUAAUCGAUUUUGUGCAAUUAUUAUUGUAGUUUAGCUAGGCAAAAUUAACACAUUACUUAUCAUAAGAACCUCUCUUCUUCUUUCAAAGGUUAGUUCAUCUGCGAAAAUGGACCAAUCGUUGAAACCAAUAGUACUAAUCAGGUGAAUCUGAUAAGGUUAUAAAUUUCACACUACUUUUUGUAGCUAUUUGAUUAGUUUCUCAAGGACAGAGUAAUUAAUAUAAAAUUCUAUUAUAGAAUGUGCAAAAGCAAAGACUAUAAAUUUCAUCGAAUUAUCGGUUCCCAGUUUUACGAUCGACAAACAUAUUUGUCUUUACAAUAUUAUCGUUUUUUGGCGUCUGUGUAACAAGACUGAUAUACUUGGUGUUUACUAUUAGCAAGUGUACUAUAAAACUAUUCACAUUUAACCCUUUAUCUAAGGGUUAUUAUUAAGUUCUCAAUACGAUAGUAAUGAAGAAAAGACGCGGUUAAGAAAAAAAAAUUAUUCUAGUUUUUAUACGAAAUUUCGAAAAGCUUUUCAACUAGUGUUUUAAAAACUUAUUUUACAAAAAUUAGCCAAACUCUCAUUUAUGAAUGAAUCGGCUAUAAUUAGCUAGCUAAGCAAAGAGGCUAUAAUUAGAAUUUUUUGGUUCAUUAAAAAAAUUGUUUUUAUAUGACUCGUCAUUCUUUGCGCGCCUACUAUUACGAUUAUACUUGUCUCUUUCAAUAAUCUUUACCUAAUGUUAGUUGACAUCUCUGUAUUGUUUUGAAACAAAUCAAUUUUUUGAGCAAGUAGCAAAGGCAAACAUAAAUAUUUUGUGUUAUUUGUCAAUAUUCAGCUGUGGCUUGUAACAUUUGCUGUUGGUCUGUAAGAAUAACACUGCCACAAAAAUUAAAUUUGUUACUAGAAUUUUAAAAAUUAUCAGGUGCAUACAAUUAUUGAAUUUUAUCCAUAUUUGGAGUUUGGAAUACGUAAAUUUGUAUAUAAUGAAUGGCCUUAAGACGUACCUUUUUACUACUUAAAAAAUGCUUGAACAGAUCUAGAUUGCUUAAAGUUUUGCAGCAAUAUCAAUUUGAAAUAUAAUGGAUAAUUGAAAAAUUGAUUUGGUUGAUUCAAAACGAAAGUUUCAGUAUUAUGAAACAAUUUUGGAACUUUUCGAGCUGCAAGCUUGGAAGAAUUGCUAGUCAUGCAGAAUUACGAAACAACUUAAUGAUAUUAUUCCUGUGUGAAUUUAAGGUAAGAAAAUUGUAUUUAAUUUUGAGAUAAUUUACAUUAAAGUCUAAAUUAUAAGUCAUAUAGAAGGCGUAUCUUUUUAAAUCUCUUUUAUCAAUUAAAUUUGUACAUACCUGAUUCGUGUAGUGUGUCAUAAAUUUUCACAUUCACUUCAAUGACGGCAAAGGUCGAGCAAGUAAAUUUUUAACAAUAUAUGAAACACUAGACGAAUAAAAAAUGUCUAGGAUACAUAAUUUUAGUAAAUCCAAUCUAUACAAAUAGUCUAGCAAAAUUAAAUGUGUAGAUUAUAAGACAUUAGAAUAACUAAAUUCUUUAUAGAGUGGCCAAAUAUUUUUUUGUGAUUGUUGAAAUUGUUACUUAGAUUUUAAUUCAAAUACAGGUUUAGUUUAUCUAAAAUAACACCGCCGAUGAAUUUGUCAAAAAUAUUUACAAUUUCCUAUCAAAUUAUGUAUUAGUGCUUCAUUUCUUUAGUUCGUGUUGGACUUUACUGCAGAACGAAAAAAUUACGUUGACUUGCAAAAUUUAUGUGUAAGAUGUAUUAAUAAAGGAUCCGGCUGAAUAAUACACUCUUAUCAUCUGUUUAACAGCAGUGAAUGGAAAUGACAUACUUUUAUUGCUAUUGCACUUUUGCAUGGCAUGGAUGUAAAAACGCCGAUUAUUUACACAUCCUUACUGAUACAUCCUAACGUUACUGAACUAAUUAAUUAUAAUACUGAAAUAAAGUUAACUAUUCUAGAGGCCUAACUAAAUUUUAAGUGCCACGUGCUACUAGUGUAAAAAGUCCUCAAAGUCAUGAUAUGUACUAGCUUGCUCUUAUGAUGUAAAUUAAUGCGAUUAAGAAUAGAUUUGCACCUCCAUCCAUUUUUAGAAGUAGGACUAAACCGACCAUUACACAUCUUAGUUUAAUAGGGACAGUUUUCUAUUUCUCUCGUCUGUAUCUCUCGUCAAUAUUAAUGUGCUCCUAUUAAUAUUUUUAAACAAUUUUUUUUGCAUCCCAAUUGGAAAACUAAAGUGAAGGUAGCAGGUGUGGGACAACCAUGAAAACGUCACUAUUCAAUUAUCUGCCGACGUUUCGACCUUUAUUGGGGUCUUCUUCUUAGACAGCACGUUCACACAUAAUUUGAGCCUUGAAGAAGACCAUAAUGAAGGUCAAAACAUCGGCAGAUAAUUGAAUAGUGACGUUUUCAUCAUAGUCCCACACCUGCUACCUUCGCUUUAAUUAAUAUUUUUCUAAGUAUGGAGUCUAGAUGAUUAGUGAGUGCAGGAAAGAAGACUAUUUCAAUUAAAAAAAUGCUUUUAUUACUUUUUACGUCUCCCCUUCUCAUUCUAAUAUCUUGCAGAUUUUCUGGUUAUGUAAAAAUCAGUCGUAUAGUCAAGUCAAGAUAGUUUUAUGGAAAAUGUACUAAUUUGCUCAUUUUAAGCGAUGUCGAAUUAACGGAUCUUUCUUGUCUUUUAAUUUCGGCUGUUUUAUUAUAUUAAUGUUAAUAAUAUUAUUAUUAUUAACAUUAUAGCUUUUCUUGCAUCAAUUUCGGUAAUAAUGUCAUUUGUUUAUCGUUUCUUAAGGAAAACGUUGCAUUUCUGGAUGAGAAUAGUACGAUAACUUUCAUGUGCCAUAUUAUUUUUUAUAUAGUUCAGACGCUGAUACCUAAUGAGAGAAAAAUGACGUGAAUGUACUAGGAACGUGCUUUUAUUUAUCUUUAGAAAAUUGCUUUACUUUUUAAUCAAAUAAUUCUGAAAAUGGAAGCUAAGAAGAAACCCAUCUCUGCUGUUCUAUGUUGUAAAUGUGAUUAACGAUUGAAAGAUGUGGUGUAAGAAUUUUCAAAGAUAUGUUACUUUGUAAGCGUUAUCAAUAAUUGUGUCUUAAUUAAACUGUAUCGAAUUUAUACACAUUACAUGUUUAUUGUCAGUUACAUUUUUAGAUUCCAUUCUGGUUUAAAUUCAAUUUUAUUUGUAGAUUUUCAUGUAAUAAAAAUUUCACAUCAUUUCUCAUUACAAAUGUAUAUUCACUUGUAAGUUGUAUAUAAAGUAUUUAUAUUUAGUAAUUUAUUUCUGGUAGUAUUUAUCGAUUAAACACCCCUAUUUGGUACACAUAUUAAGUGUGUAUUUUUAUUAUUCUACCAAAGCCCUUUAUUUCAUAUACUUUUAGUGGCCGUUAUUGUACAUAUUAUCACAUCGUAUUAUUAAAUUUAUGUUGUAGCAGAAUAAAAUACAUUCGAAAUACCAACGAAA